AUGAGAGGACGAGGACGUGGAUCUUCAUCACGGGGUCGAGGAGACCAUGGCAAAGGUAGUGUCCACACAACUGAAUCAGAAAAUGUCAAUCAAGAUUUAGUACAACACACUGCUUUGAUUCCUAGACCAGACCAGGGUGAGAGAUCCACACCGGGUGCUGCAUCAUCCACUCCUGCUUCAGUGCACACAUCUGCUACUGCCUCAGCUCCCAUAGGUUUGCCACCUAUUGCAUCUACGGCUACAUCUGCAUCUGCAUCUGCAUCUGCUUCUGGUAGUUGUGGACCUACAUGGCUCAGACCACAUAUUUCCAUAGUAAACUCAAUCAUGCAGCCUUCUGAUCCGAUUGCUAGGCGGAUUACCUUGAUCUUUAAGGAAAAGUUAGUAGCAGAUGGCUUUUGUUGGAAAAAUAUACCAGAAGAGGUUAAAGAAUUCUAUUGGCAAGAAUUUAAGAAACACUUCUUAUGGGAGGAGGCAAUAGAACAGCUUAUGAAAAUAGCUUGGAGAAAGAAAGCUGCUGAGCGCUAUCGUAGCCUUAUGUGUAGCAUAAGGAUUGGGAAAGAGAAGAGGCUAUCACUGACGGAAGGACGUGAAAGGCUAGGCAGAGAUCAUUUACCUCAUGAGUUAUUUGAGGCUACUCAUAAGAAGAAGGACCGCUUUCUGACUUUGAAAGAGCAAGCAUCACAGACAGAUAAUGACAGUACUGAGGCAUCUUGCAUUGAUGAGGCUCAGUUAUACUUUGAGGCAGUAGGUGGAGAGAAAAAAAGAAGAGUGUACGGUCUUGGAUCACAGGCUUCAGUUUUCUUCCCAAACAAGUGUUCUGCUAGUACAGCCUUCACAUCAGCUCAGCAAAAUCAGGAUCUUCAAGAUGAAAUGGCUGAUCUCAGACGCAAGCUACAAGAGCGUGAGGAUAAUGAACAAUUAUUGCAUGAGCAAAACGUGCGGAUUUCCUCUGAGCUCUCACAGGUGAAGGAUUUACUUAUGCAGCUCGUGAGUCAAAGACAAAGCAGCCAGCCAUCAGCUCCUGGUGAAGGAACUUCUACACAGCUUCCUGAUCAACCAGAUGAAGCUAAUGAUGAGGAUGAGGACGAGGACGAGGACGAGGACACUACACAUUUGUAG